AUGGAUGGAGAUGAUGGCUUUGAUUAUUUAUUCAAGAUUGUGCUUAUUGGAGACAUGGGAGUAGGGAAAACAUGUGUGGUUCAACGUUUUCGAAAUGGCACCUAUGUUGAUAGGCAGGGAACAACGAUAGGCGUAGAUUUCACUAUGAAAACCCUUAUUAUAGAUGGCAAACGUGUGAAGUUACAAAUAUGGGAUACCGGUGGACAGGAGCGAUUCCGAACUAUAACGCAGUCAUAUUACCGAUCGGCGAACGGAAUUGUUUUGUGCUAUGAUAUCACUUGUAAACAGUCAUUCAACAGUUUGCAAAGGUAUUUGAUCGCAGGCAUUCAGUUCCUCUUCAAACUGAUUCUCCGUCUCGAUUUUUUCGUUCGGGCUGAAGGUGGCCAGAGCCACUGA